AUGACACACAACCCCAGCAUCCUGGUCAUUGGGGCCGGCGAGCUAGGCACCGCCAUGCUCGAGGCGCUGGCCAAGCACCCACUCCGCUCCCACGUCAGCCGCCUGUCGGUGCUCCUUCGCCAGGCAACACUGGACUCGGCGGCGCCCCAGAAGCGCAGGCUGACCCAGGAGCUCCGGGCCGCGGGCGUGCACUUCGAGGCGGCCGACAUCGUCGCGGCGUCGCAGGCGGAGCUCGCGUCCAUCUUCGCCAGGUACGACACCGUCAUCUGCUGCACGGGCAUGUACCUCCCCGCGGGCACGCAGACCAAGCUCGCGGCCGCCGCGCUCGAGGGCCAGGUCGCGAGGUACUUCCCGUGGCAGUACGGGAUGGACUACGACGUGAUCGGGGCGGGCAGCUCACAGGACCUGUUCGACGAGCAGCUGGCCGUGAGGAAGGUCCUGCGCGGGCAGCAGGCAGCCAAGUGGACCAUUGUGUCCACGGGCCUGUUCAUGAGCUUCCUCUUCGUCAAGGAGUUUGGGGUGGUGGACCUGGAGGACAAGGUCGUGCGAGCGCUCGGCUCCUGGGGGAAUCAGAUCACGGUCACGGUGCCGGACGACAUCGGCCGCGUGACUGCUGACAUUGCUCUGGACCCUGAUGAUCUGGGACAUGGCAGCCAGGUGGUCUUUUGUGCGGGGGAUACCAUCUCCUAUGAAAAGCUUGCAGACCUGCUGGAUGCGCAUUUCCAGACAAAGUUCCGCCGCGAGCUGUGGGAUGGUGAGAUCCUGAGCAAGCAGAUGGAGGAGGACCCCAACACCAUGGUCAAGUACCGGGACACGUUCUCGCACGGUCGAGGGGUGGCUUGGGAAAUGGACAAGACUGUGAAUCAGAAGCGGGGUAUUCCCAUGACAAAUAUAAAGUCAUACCUGGAGAAAGUGUAUCCAAGACACUAA